AUGGUUGACAAUGUUAAAGUAACAGAAUUUGUUAAACGACCUGGCUUAGGUCGUAUUGGUCGAUCUAUAAGUAUUAGAGAAAACUUUUUCGAAAUAACCUCUCUAAUCGACUCGAAUAUCCACCACUAUUACAUUAUAAUUAACCUGCAAGUUCCUCCGGAGAGUUUUUUCCAGUUUAUGGUCCUACAUGGUGAUGUAAAACCUGUUUUCGAUGGUCGACAGAAUAUUUUUGACGCUAGACAAUUACCUUUUGGUGAUACGGCCACUUACAAUAUAUGUCUUUCGGAAGAUGCCGGUUUUUCAUCUCCUCUGCGACCUCUGCGCCUUUUUAAAGUUAUAAUUAGGAAGGUCGCUCAGUUGGUAGAUCAUUUUUAUACGAACCAAAUCUCACAAGCUUGUUUUGGUGGUUUAGAAGUUUGGCAAGGAUUUCGUCAAUCCAUAAGGCCUACACCUGGAAGAAUGAUGAUAAAUGUUGAUGUAAGCGCUACUGCUUUUUAUGAAAGUAGUGAUUUAGUACAUAUGGUUGCAAAGAUACUCGAACGUAAUAUUGAUGAUCUAAAAGGAGGAAUUCAUAAUAGAGAUCGGUUAAAACUUAAAAAAGCUUUAAAGUAUUUAAAGAUACGUGUUACUCAUCGUGAUAAUGGUAUCAGAUACUCGUAUAAGAUUCUUAAAUUAACUAAUACCUCAACAUCAAAUACUCAACUUAAUUUUGGGGACGAACGGAUUGAUAUUGUUUCAUACUUUCAAAAUACUUAUAACAAACCUCUACAAUUUCCAUCCCUGCCUUACAUGGAACAACAUUUUAUUCGUAAAUUGAACGAAAGGCAGACAGUAGAUAUGACGAAGUUUUCUUGUCAACCACCCCAUAUCUGUGCAGACAAAAUUAAACAAGGUUUAGAUAUUCUUGAUUAUCGACAAAAUGAGUAUAUGAAGCAAUUUGGUCUGGUAGUAUCUGAGGAAAUGACUGUAGUUCCAGCCAGGAUAUUACCUACUCCAAAAAUACGAUUUCACCCUUUUUCUCGUGAUGCUUCAUUUUUUCCAAGGGAUGGGUCAUGGAAUUUACGUGAUGAGAAAGUUGCUACUGAGGUCACACUUGGUUCAUGGUCAUGCGUUAUUUUCGGAAAUUUCGCAAUGCAAGCUGUACAACAUUUAUCAGAGAAUUGGUUAACAUAUAUCUUGAGGAAAGCCUGGGUUAAAUCCACCUCAGUUCAUUUAUGCAUUCUUCCUAAUAUCAGUGUACCGUUGUAUGCUGAAAUUAAACGUGUGGGUAAUACAGUAAUUGGUGUUACUACUCAAUACGUUCAAUUAAACAUAUUUUUCAAGCAAAAAGAUAAUAUUGCGCUAAUUUAUGUCUUAAAAUGA